AUGGUGCUGCUGCAGGGGUGCGGGUCGGGGGGAGGCGGCACGGCGGGCGGGGAGCCGAGGGACGCCGAUUCCCGCUCCCGCCGCUGCUCUCCGUACGCCGCGCUUCCCGGCCACACCACGCCGGCCGCUCCCGGCCGCGGCCGCGGCAGGAAGACGGCGUCAGUGAUGGUGGGGUGCGAAUCUGGGGGAGGACACACGGCGGGCGUUGAGCCGUGGACCGCCGAUUCUCGCUCCCACCGCUGCUCCCCGCGCGCCACCGACCGCUCCGUCCACGCCACGCCGCUCGCUCUCGGGCGCUGCGGCGACAGGAAGAGGGCGCCAGUGAUGGUGCUGUGCGAAUCGGGGGGAGGCGACAAGGCGGGCGUUGAGCCGUGGACCCCCGACUCUCGCUCUCAGCGCUGCUCUCCGUACGCCGCGCUUGCCGGUCGCUCCGUCCACACCACGCUGGUCUCUCUCAGGCACGGCGGCAACAGGAACAGGAAGACGGCGCCAGUGAUGGUGCUGUGCGAAUCGGGGGGAGGCGACAAGGCGGGCGUUGAGCCGUGGACCCCCGACUCUCGCUCUCAGCGCUGUUCUCUAUAUGCCGCGCUUGCCGACCGCUCCGUCCACACCAAGCCGACAGAUCCUGGCCGCGGCGGCGACUGGAGGCUGACGACAUUCAUGGAUGUGGUCGGCAACGGCCGGUGGUCACUCGGUAUGGAGGAUGGAGAUGAGACGCGGGGGUACGAGCACUACACGGUGAAGGUGCGCGGCCACGGCCAGUUCCUGCCCGCGCUGGCCCAUGUGUUCCUGGUCAGGGUGCCCUUGCUGCGGUGCGUGAUCCCGACGACGCUCGUGCAGGGCGGCGCGAUGCUGAUGGUGCUGGCGUGUGCGCGGACCGGGUCCAGGAACUGGGAGGUGGUGAAGGCGGCGCCAUGCUGUCGUGAAGGCGGAGGGGCUCCCGUGGUGGAUGCGCACCACCACCGCUGCGAUACGAGGUCACUCUCACUCGUUCUCCUCCUCAUGAACGCUACAGAGGUUGCAUCACAGGAGCUGCAUGAUCCAGAUACGGGUGUUGACGCUCUUAUCAAUAUAUUUGGAUCCCUUGUGGGUAUGCCACCAAGAGUCCUUGAGGCAGGCAUGAUGCUGAAUUUGUGGUUUAAGCCUCAUGAUAGAAGGAUAGUGGAGGAGAUGAUAUGUGUGCCACAGCAGCCUGCAAUAAAAACUAUGAUCCCUUGUGCAGCAUUUCCAGUAGAAACAAAGGGGCACUUGGGAGUUAGGAAUGUAAAAUGCACUUCUCAAAUAGUGCAGAGCAUAGUAAUGUCAAUUUGUCAAAACAGGUGGUGUAUCAUUGUGUUGGUUAUUAGUCUACUCAUCAGAGGCGCUGCUGCCAAACCAGUUUUGGAGCAUGGAUUGAACACAACGUUAGUUUGCCCGGCAUAUGUUCACCAAUUCAAAAGCCCUUUAAAAACUAAUUGGCUGGGGGAACAGUAUGAUGACUGGUUCUAUAUGCAAGAAAGAAAUGUUAAUGAAGAACCGAGCAUGAUAUGUACAAAAUUAAGUGGUGCUAGACUGUUUGCUUCACUUGCAGGAGCAAUAUUGUCAUUCAUUGCAAAUCUCGGGCCUCUGAAUGUUAUUAGGAAGAUUGGAGAGGUUUCUGAACCUAACAGGAAGCUAUAUGGCUUUUCCUCCAUUUGUUUGGCAUCGUCAUAUUCUUCUUGGGUAGCAUAUCUGUUAAUUCAGAAAUGCAAAAAAAUAAUCAGUAUUGCCUUAGCAGCGUCUGCCACUUUUAUCCAUACAGGCUACUGGUUGUUCUUUUUGCAACCUUCGAGAAGAAUAUCCAUUGCCAUUUUCACUGGGAGCACAUUUUCAUCUGUUAGUAUUUGGGCUUUCGGAGGGAUAGCAGAUGGGGCUUUGAGUAUGGUAGCUGGAGGAUCUAUUGGCAUAUUUGGUACAUCGAUGGGCCAUCUUAUUCGAGUAGCCCUUGCGCCAAAAUGGUACUGCCCCAUUGCGUUGUCUGUUGCUGCAAUAGGUGGUAUUGGAAACGGUUCAUUUCUCUAUAAAACUGAUUGGUCCAUUAUGUGGUAUAAGAUUGGCUUGUCAAUAGCUUGCGUAACACGGGUCUAUGAUUUUAUUUUCCAGAUUUACUACCUAUGUGCAGGAAAACGGAAAGUACCUAUAGGAACAAAUGAUUUGGCUGAAAACCUACUACCCCAUGAGUGUGAAGGAACAGAGCAUAACAGGAAAGAUGAGAUGAAUGUUUCUUCGGAAUCAGGGUUAAAUCCAACAGACAAAACUAAUGGACCUGAGAGUGCCAAUAAAGAAGAAAAUGGAAGCUGGAUAUCUAAGAUGCUCGAACUCAUUGUAAAACUAAUGCCUACAGCGGCAAACCCUCACAAGAAACAGAAGACUGACACUGCAGCAGUCGAAGAUAACAUGGACACGCCAGCUGCAGGGGAAGGAAAUUGAAGCUUGAGAAGAGAAGGCCAAUGAUGUUGAUCCUGAUGAAAUACCAAAUCCACAGCGGCGAAAGGUAAUUAACGCAAAGGAAGUAAUGCGACACAGAGGCUGUAAUGUGUCUGCUCCCACAGAAUCACGGAUGCAAGUGUAGACUGUCGAUGACGGUUGUCGGUUAAUACUCCGGAUACAGUUGCUUUUUGAAUAAAUUUUUGUAGAGACCAUUUCAAAUUUGGUAUAGAAGAACUUGUUCCCUACAAGUAGCCAUUCAUAUUCUGUGACUCUACACAACGACAUCAUUAAUUAAUUACUGCCUAUCUA